AUGGAAGCUUGUCACUCUCCACAGCAAUCCAAUGUCACUUCAUACGGGGCCACAACUCUGGCCAUCAUCAGCCUGGAGGCCUUUGCUGGCAUGUGGAUAAACGCUUUCCUUGUUUGUGUGCUUUGCAUUGCCUGGGUCAAAAAGAAAACCCUGAACUCUAAUGAGAAGAUCUUGCUGCUUCUGGGAUGCUCCAGGUUUUGGAAUUUGUGCAUCUCAUGGGUAUAUUCCUUUCUUUUAAUAAUUUAUCCCAAUUAUCUUGAUGUUCAACCCACAUGUAAAUUUCUUUUAUCUACUCAAAACUUUUGUUAUUGUUCCAGUUUGUGGUUUUCUGCCUGUCUUUGUGUUUUUUAUUGCAUAAAAAUUGCGAAUUUCAGGAACAGGUUCUUCAUCUACCUGAAAGUAAAAAUUGACAGGAUUGUGCCCUGGCUCUUGUUGGGGUCAGUGCUUUUAUCAUUGGCUGUUGGCAGCUCUCUGUACAACAUCAUUGAUAAAGCACAGUGUAACAAGCGCAAUUCCACCGGGCGAGGACAUUUUUCAGAAAUGUGUGGCAAAGUGGAUGAUGGUUUUUUCCAUAUUUAUUUUAUCUAUGGCUUUGGAUUUGUCACUUCUUUCACAGCAGUCAUCUUUUCUGCCCUUCUACUUCUCUUUUCUCUCUGGAGACACAAAUGCAAGAUGCAGACAAACUCCAGGAACAACCUCAGCAUGGAUGCCCACAUCAAAGCCAUGAAAUCUAUUCUCUCCUUACUUAUAAUAUACAGCAUUAACUUUGUCUUUUUGACCUCGACCCUGAUUCCUUCAACACAGGAGGAAAAUUCCAUGGUGUUUCUUGUUUACAUAUUUCUGUAUGGUUUUCCAGGUGUUCAUUCUCUUAUUCUGAUUUUUAGCAAUCCUAAGCUGAAAAAAACACUGAUAAGGAUUCUGUCCCAUGUCAAGUGCAAGGUUUGCAUGAGGUAG